AUGGACUGGCCGCACAACCUGCUGUUCCUUCUGACCGUCUCCAUCUUCCUGGGGCUGGGCCAGCCCAGGAACCCCAAAGGCAAGAGGAAGGGGCCAGGGCGGCCUGGAACGCUGGCUUCUGGGCCUCACCAGGUGCCGCUGGACCUGGUGUCACAGGCGAAGCCGUACGCCCGCAUGGAGGAAUACGAGAGGAACGUCGGGGAGAUGGUAGCCCAGCUGAGGAACAGCUCUGAGCCGGCCAGGAGGAAGUGUGAAGUCAACCUGCAGCUGUGGCUGUCCAACAAGAGGAGUCUGUCGCCCUGGGGCUACAGGUAG